UUCUGACAGGUGCUACAUUGCUUUGCUUAUCAAAACUGCCAGACACAAAACCAGUUUCUAACCCCAGACUAUCACCCUGAUUAACAACUCACCAUAAUUAUAUUCCAUGCUUCAUAUCUUCAUUUCAUGUUACACACAAAAGCAUAAUAUUGUACAAUAUUGCUAUUUGCACUGCCAUACACGUCUUACACUUUAUGUACAUAACUGAUCAGUCAUAUAUUCUGUAUUCUGUACUUGUACUGUCUAUAUUGUAUCUCAUCGUCUGUAUUGUCUUGUAUAGUCUGUAUUGUCUUGUAUUGUCUAUAAUGUAUCACAUCCUCUGUACUGUAUCACAUCCUCUGUAUUGUCUUGUAUAGUCUAUAUUGCAUCAUAUCGUCUGUAUUGUCUUGUAAAAUCUGUAUUGUAUCAUAUCAUCUGUAUUGUCUUGUAUAGUCUGUAUUGUAUCACAUCGCCUGUAUUGUCUUCUAUAGUCUGUAUUGUAUCACAUCGCCUGUAUUGUCUUGUAUAGUCUAUAUUGUCUUGUAUUGUAUAGAAUAGUGUUAUUUAUGUCAGUACCUUUGAGAGUCACAAACAGCUGGAACCAAAGUCCUUGUCUGUGUCAACACAUUUGGUCUGAUAAUAAACCUAUUUCUGAUUCUGAUUCAGAAUAAUGUAUGUGAAUUUUUGUAAUUCUUAAGGAUGAGUAUAAAAGAAAAUAGUAAAAUACAAUCUUCAACGACUCACUAAGGCUUAUGAAUAUAAUGUGAAUAUUAUACUAAACAUAAAAUUGUAUCUACCAGUAUGCAAAUGAGUCCGUGUAUUUGAUUACAUCUCAUAAUUUAGACCACAUCAAUUAAGGUACAAUUGAACCUUACCACACUUUUUGUGAGGUAAUCGAUCAUAUCCACUCACUUUCAUUGCAGUUUAAUUAAAUCUUAGGGGACGAUAAAGCAGGUUUGAACCCUGUCCCUUUAAUUUUCCUGCCUGUUUGUGUGUAACAUGAUCCAGGAUCUGUUCAGCUCUGAGCUGCUGCAGCACCGCGGAUGUGCUGACGUGUCCUGCUUGUGUGUGUGUGUGUGCAUGUGUGUGUGUUUGUGCUUCACCAAGGCAGAAUGACUGGACUCAAAUCACGUUUUAAUAUUUUUAUCCUAUUUAUCUGCGUAUGUUUUUCCAAAGCGUCGGUAGAUCGUCGGUUCUCUGACUUUAAAAGAUGCGCCGAUGACGACUGUAGCAUGCUUCUUUGCCGGGGGAAAGCGUCAAAAGACUUCCCUGGUCCAGACUGUCGUUUUCUGUCCUUUAAAACAGGAGAGACUAUAUAUGUGUACUAUAAACUCUCAGGACAGAGGUCAGAUAUCUGGGCAGGAAGUGUUGGUAACAACUUUGGCUAUUUUCCAAAGGACUUUCUGAACAUUAAUCACAUAUAUACAGAAAAGGAAAUAGAAGUACCAGCUGAGGAAACUGAUUUUGUGUGCUUUGACACUGGCCUUGAUAAAUUUGAAAGCUACGAUGUUGAUGCGCUGCUACAAAACUCAGCGUUAAAUGAGGUCGAUGAACCGAGCGAUGAAACAGAAGAACUAUCUCUCAGUGAGGAGCCUGCUAAGGAUGGAGAGACGGAAGAAACCAGCAGAGACCUCAUAAACUCCGACUCAUUGCAUACAGGAAGUGAAGAUGAACACAUAGAUGACUCGGAGGAUCAUGACAACGUUGAGUUGCCAGACUCUGAAACUGCAACACUAGCGUCAGAAACAACAGCUUCAUAUGAAAAGGAUAAAGACGGUGAUGGUGACAGUGACUCUGCUGAAGGUGAAGGUGCUGAUGGUGAUUCUGAGAUAGUCAUUCCAGAUGAACAUCUAGCUAAGGAUAAUGGAGUUUUUGAAAAGAAAACUGACCAUAUUACACCGGUGGAAGCCUCCUCUCAAUUGAAAACAACUUUAGGUGAAACGUUUGACGCUGUUACCUCAGAUGAUGAAAAAACACAGAAGGUAACCCCCUAUGAUGACGAUGAUGAUGAAGAUGAAAAUCAGAGCAAUGACUUAGCUGAGCAACCAAUUGAGGUAGAAGAGGAAAGUCUGAAAAAGCCUUCACUGCUUACUUUUGAAGAGAGGUCACAUUAUCUUGAGGACGAUGUUCCUGGUGCAGCUGAGUCAGAAGAUAAACACGUGACAUUACAGAAAGGCAAAAUGCCUAUCGGUGAUGAAGCAACUAAGGAUGGUGAGACAGGAGAAACCAGCAGGAACGUUGUCGAAUCACACAAAGAAGACGACGACGGUGGUGAUUUGCAAGAUUCUAAAACUAAUCAACUGCCAACGGAAGCAAAAGCUUCAUAUGAUGCUGAUUAUGAUCAGGAGCAAUCUGCAGACAAUGUUAUUCCAGAUGACCCUCCAUCUAAGGAUGAUGGAGUUUUCGAAAAGAAAAGCGCCCAUACCACACCGGUGGAAGCCUCCUCCCAAUUAAAAACCACUUUAGGUGAAACUUUUGAUGCUGUUAUCUCAGAUGAUAAAUACACACAGAAGGUCACACCCCAUGAUGAUGAUGAUGAUGAUGAUGGCGAUGGUGAUGAUCAGAGCAAUGACUUUGAGGUUGAGGAACCAGUUGAAUUAGAAGAGAAAAGUGUGAAAAAGCCUUCGCUGCUUACUUUUGACGAGAAGUCUCGUUAUACUAAGGACAACAUUCCCGAUGCUGCCAUGUCAGAAGAUAAGCAACCUCCUGCUUCUAUUGAUGCAACAAAAGAUGAGGGUAUGUGGUCUAAUUUUGGGGACACAGUUUUUAAAAUUGUAAGCGGAGGCGAGAGAACCGAUUUACUUGAGGAUGACGAUGACAACGACGAUGACGAUGACGAUGACAAGGAGGAGGAGGAAAAUGCUCACACUAAAACAACUGAAAAAGAUGUAGUUGACAUUAAGACCAUAUCGGUUCAUGACUCUGAAACAACUGAAGCAAUGAAACCGUCCAUUAACGACUCUGUAAAGGAGGACAGUCGGUAUACUAAUCUACAGGAACAAAACCCCGAUGUCUUAAAAUAUAAUGAAGAAUUAGAGGAGAUUAAGGGCAAAUCUUUAGAGCCGAAUGAGAUGCUUAUUAAUGGUGUGGAAUCUGAAUCCAUUCCUCCAACAUCACUGUUAGAAGAUGUAAAGCAAGUGCUGGACAAACCCACCGAAAAAACUAUUUUAAAGCCGAACCCUAGUGAAAUCAUGACCCAAACAUCUGAGGCUCUCGUCCGUGAACAUGCUCUUGAUGAACAAAUACACAGAGUUAAAAAUGAAAUUAUCAGUGUAUUUGAAGGUGCACUGGAAACAGAAAAACUGCCCGAAGAACCUGACAUUGAGGAGGAAGAGGAGGAGCAUGCCGAGGAGCUGCUAGAAGAUGAAAAUGCUCUUUUAUCCACGAAAACCAAGCUCAGCGAUGAAGAAGAAUCCAUUAAAAACACCAGCCGUGAAUCUCAGUCAGAAGAAAACGAAUUAUCCCCACCUAAACAACCACAUGGCAACUUACCAGAAGCAGCAAAUAAGAACAUGUCAGAACAGAAGACAAGCCAUGAUGUCAGCUCUGACCCCGAACCAACAUUAACAAGCAUCUCAGACUCUGCAACUGAUAACGGAAACGAUAGAAAAUCUGACAGACCCGGUGCUGAUCCAGUCGUCAACGAAAAGCCGGAAUACAGCGACAGGGUGCGGAGACUUACGCUUUUAAGGGAACACUUUAAGGAUGAUGAAAUCGAACGCAUUUUGCGCCAUCUCAGUGUUAAAGACCUUUACAGAAUUGAAGCGAUGUUCAACGACUUGGAUCAUCAGCUACAGUCUGCCAGGCAGUCAUACUCUCAGAACAGUGUGGACCUAGAAAACGCACUGGAGAGUAUUCUGGAAGUGUCCGAAAACACCAUACUCAAUGAGAUCGACAAAAUGCUGGAUGCUCGGGAGCAAAGGGCUCUGGACCUCGGACAGCAGCUCGACCAAGUCAUGAUCGAUGAGGAAGCUGCUAUUUUGGAUGACUUUCAGGAGUUGGCUUUUUCUCUUCAUCAGAAAUACAGUGCCAGCGUGGUGUUGGUCAAAGAGAGCCAGUCUCAAUUGGAAAUGGCAGAGAACGUGUCUGAAGAGGUAGAAAUUCCAGUGGAAACCAUCCCACUGACUGAAGUCACCGAAACUCCAGAAGUUCCUCUUGAAGCUGCUGAGUUGUUCACUGGUCAGGAAGGUGAAUCCCGUAGCCAGGACGUGGGCCCUGGGGAAGAUGCAGGGCAUUUCAAUAAAAACGAAGACAAUCAAGCAGCCUUGCAGGACACUACAGACAUUCAGAGAGGCCCACAAGCGAUUUUGGAGAAUCCUUUGGACGUUUUAGGAUUUGAAAUCGACCCAUCUUCAGAUUCACUGGACUCUUCAAGGGCUACUGAUUUCUCUGACAAGCAAGCACAUCAUCAAGCAAGCACAUCGACCUCGGAUCACGCUCGGGACUUCUUUCUUCUUGCAUCUGAAUUUAUUGGAGUGUAUGCAGAAAUUCUUAUUGCUGCUUUGCCUGAGGAAUGGCAACCCGGUCCUACGUUCCACGGUCUGCCCUGGAAGCCUGUGGUCGUUUCAGCCGUGGUGGGAGUUCUCACAAUAGUGGUGUUCAUGUGGAGGACCGUUCUUUCUGUCAAAAGCAGGAUGUAUCUCUUAACAGAAAAGCAACUCGCAGGGAGGAUUCAGCAGCUGAUCAACGAGAAAUCAGAAGUCGUCAACAAAAUAACUGAACUAAACAAUGUGAUUAAGCAACAUGAAGAAAAGCUGAACAAUUCAGAAGAGUCACAAUCAUCUCUAAAGCAGGAUUUUAACGAUCUCAAGACACAUUACGAAGAUCUCAACAUGCAGAAGGAGAAGCUGUCUGUUCAUUUCGCUCAUCUCUGUGAGAAAAUUGCAAAUGCGCAGGAAGAGAACAAAACUCUGACAGAGAAGAUAUCUGCAAUGCAUCAAGGAAUUAACGACUAUCAGAAAACCCUAAAAGUGUACGACGAGGAACGCUCAAAGGUUCAGAUUCUCAUGGAUGAAGCUAAAGACAGAGAAGAUGCCCUGAAGGCUGAGGUGCUGUCAUUUGAAAAGGACAACUGUGCCCUGAAAGAACAAAAGAAAUCUCUGUUGCAAGACGCCAAGGACUGGCAAGAGAAACACGGAAAGCUGAGCGAGGAAAUCAAGGUUUACCAUCAAAGGCAAACGGAGCUGGAGAACGCCCUCGUGCACAAAGCAAACGAAAUUGACGUUCUGUCCGGAUGCAUCGCUGAACUCAAAAGCCUCGAGUCGUGUAACGACACAGAGCCGGGGAACGACAAGAACGGUGAUCCACUGAAGCUGCAUCUUAAACAGAUGAUGGAUGUCUCAAGGAUCAAGGCAACUCUUUCAGUCAUCGAGGAUGAGCGGAAUCGCUUGUUUGAAAACUUCAUGGCUGAACAGAAAGCCAGACAGGAACUCGAAGAGAAAUUUCAGAAGGUCAUCCGUGACCAAACAAAUCUGAAAAAUGAGAAAACCCAUCUGGAGAACCAGUACAAGAACCUCCAACAGCGACUAGAAAUUACAACUGAACUGUACCACCAGAAAGAAAAUAUCUUACACCAGAAAUUGACUCAGGAAGAGAUGGAGCGCCACGAAAAGGAGAGCAAGCUGUCCGAGGUGGACGGCCGAGCCUUACAAGCCGAAGAGGAGCUGAACCGACUCAGGCAGAAAGUGAAAGAGAUGCAGGAAGAAAUGCAGCAAAACGAGAGAUCUCUUAAGGCCGAGAUUGCUGUUCAGGAGAAGAAAGCCCAUGAGAACUGGAUAAAAGCCCGUGCUUCUGAGCGAUCCUUGGUAGAAGAGAGGAGAGAAUGUGCUAAUCUGCGUCAGAAGAUCGUGGAGUGUAGCGACAAAAUGUCGGAUUUAGAGCAUGCGCUGUACAAGUCGGGUCCUCCGGACCGUCACAUGCCCCCCGCACAGAGAGCGGAUUCGUACGGGCCUUCCCCCGUGAGCGGUGGUGCUCCUUCUCCACCUUUAAUGAUGGAGGAUCCGGGACGCCCUCCAUCCGGUUCCAUCGGACGAAGGAGUGAGCCAUUCGGGCCACGACAGCUUCUGGACAACCACGGACGCUCCGGGGACCUCGGACAUCCGCUACCAUUUCGGCCAGAAAUGUCCCUCCCUCGCACUUCUUCUCCUUGCACACAGGACGGAUCUCAAAACCCUCCAAUAGAUGCACAGGCUGAGGUCACAGUUCAGGCCUUCACUGAUCCUGCAGAGGCAAUCUCCCAGAAGUCUCAGAGACAGGGCUCAUUUCUCCCAUCGCCGAUCAGGGAUUCUCCUGUCCCUGCUCCACACAUCCUUCCAAAGGCUUAUGGUCCCCAACCAAUGGGUGGACCACUUCCUCCAAUGAACGGGCCACUUCCUCCAGCGAUGCGACCACCCAAUGGACAUCCAGCCAUGAUGCAUCCUGGACGGCAUUUUGGACCUGAACAUCCUUUCAGGACACCCCACAUGGACUCCUUCAGACCUCCUUUCCCCUUGCGCCCAUAUGGACCCAUUCCUGCACCCUUUGUGCAUGGGCCACCUCGGAGAGAUUUCCCCUCCAUGGGUCCACAUCCACCAUCACAUGGCGUACACGACUUCCCGCCUAAUUUCGGCGGACCUCAAGACUUGCCUUUUCAACCCCGGCCGUUCCUUCCUGGGCCCCCUGGCGCAACAGUUCCACCCUCUGUUGGUGCUCAUGGACCUGCUCCACCUACACCUCUUCAGCCUAGAGAAGGCCAAGAGAUGCCACGUGUCACCAGUGCACCACCUGAGCAGAGGGCUGUACAGGAUGCUCCUACAUCUACAGUAACACAAUCGUGAACAAUGAAUAACCAUGAACCAUUAAAUGAACCCACCGAGCUCAGUGCCGGACAUGACGGAGUUCUAUUAUUUUCCUACGUCUAACAUUUCAACAUGCGUAACUAUUAUUUUGGUUUUUGUUUUUUUUUGUUUGUUUUCUUUUUAAGCUUAUAGAAUGAAAGGGUUUCCCACACUCACUCCAGGCUCUGUCGCAGGAAUCUUAAAUGUGGAACUGUUCUGGAAAUCUGUAUUAAAUAAUCCUGUAACAAAAACACACUUUUCUUAUGGAAAUAUGGAGUGUAAAAAAACCUAAUUUGGCUGUUUUGUUUGUUCAGUUUGUGGAGAAUGACCACUUCUUAACCCUUACGGAUGCUUCUUGGUGAAUUGUGAGAUUUUUUAGAGACUAUCGAACUAUUGUGCUUCUUAACAUGAAUUAAAGCAGAGCAGAGAAUUACAUUUGUUUGGCCAAAGAAUUAAGACCUCGGGCUGUUUGACCCCCAAUAAUGAACAGAUGCUUAGCUGAUAUUUUGCUUUUGUUGCUGAGAUGCAUGAUGCAGCCUAAAUCAAAAUGCAUUGAAUACACAUUAUGCACAUUCUGUUCAGAGGCAUUUAGCGUGUAUUUUGAGUGUUUUUAUGAUUUCUUUUCCUAGUGAAAAGACCCACUUGCUGUCAUAUUGACAAACUAUUUGUUUCCUUUUCAUCCCUGUACAAUAAAACGAUCAUGAAUCUCA